AUUUCCACCAAAUGAUUCCAUCCAGGAAUGUUGCACCAGUGUGAUAUUCCCAAGAACCGAUUCUUGUCGCUCUGGUCGGUGGAUUUGAUCAAAAGUCACGAAGCCUUGUUAAAUGCAGCCAGGAGGGAUGCUGUGAUUUUGUUCAAGUCUAUCGGGAGUGCAUCCAAGCAGUGGAUCAACCGGCCAUCCAACAUCCUGUUGCUCUAUUACCGGUGGAAAUGGGCUGACGCUCUCAAUGAUAUUGUCAAUCUGUAUCGCAGGUGGAAUGGAACUGAAUCAGCAGAAGCCACCAAUAGCAUCACCUCUCUUCGACGGAACUGGAGUGGAAAAGUAUAUGAACUCCAUCAACAAGGUGUUACUGUAAUAGAACUGAAUCCGAUUGAGCAGCAGCAUGUGAAAUUUAUCUCCGAAUUUAUAUAUUUGCAAAAACGGACACUACGGCACGCAGCAGUCACUACAGAGGAAUUGAUACACAUGCAUAACAAAGAAAGCCGGACUGUUGGGAGCUGUAUUUCCAAAUCCAAUGCUGAACAGUCCUUAUUCUGUGUAUUUCCAGAAUCAUUGGUCUGUUUGGAAAUGUUCUGCAAGGAUGUCAUGGAGCUCUCUGAGGAAUUAUAUAAAAACUCUGUCCAUGUUUUGGAAUCAAACACAACGGUUCUGCCUGAUCCUGGCCAGGAAUGGUGGAAAGUAAACCUUCCAGACUGGAUACAGUACAUCAGUAGGGUGUUGCCUGCAUUAGAGGACACAAUUAUUAAAAUUCGGAACAUAACUCACCAGUUUCUAGAAUAUUUUAAAACAACUACCAUUGCUUGUAGCUUAAAGAGCCAUCCAGAUGUUGGGUACUAUGUCAGUGACUACAGUUUUAAAGAAGCAUAUAUGAAGAAAGUAUGGCAUUUAUAAUGGGUUUUUAAAGAUAUACUAAAUGUAGAGGAUGAGCAGUCAUUACAGGUCUGUGAUAUAAGGUUGACUGUAAAUAAAGUCAAGGAAAGAAAUUCAAUCAGUUCUCAUUCAUUUCAGCUUAUCCCAAAAAUGUUUGUGGAAAGAGCAUGCUAGAAAAUUAAUAAAUAUCACUUCAGAAACUGUGCCAAUAAUAAACAGAGCAACUAAUCUUAAAUGAAGUUGAAACACGAAGAUCUGUAUUUUAACAUUUACCAUUAGUUAAUAAAUCCAUCGUUUAGCUUUCUAUGCAGACUUUAAUCCACGUGAAUAAUUAUACUUGUGUCAGCUCAUCCCCUUGGAACUUAAUUCUUUAACACUUUAUUUAGAUUCCAAUUAUUCAAAGAUUUAAGGCCCUGGGCCUAUAGCUCAGUAACUCAGUCACAAUCUAAAAAGGGAAGAAGAUAAUACUAAUUAUCUGAUAUUAAGUAAUUGGUUUAACAAACAGAUUACGGCUAAUGAUUGGAGCAUAAAACUGCAGAUGCUGAAAAUCUAAAACAAAACCAUAAAAUGCUAGAAACACACAGCAGAUCAAUGGUUAAUGAUUCCCUUGUUCAACCAUAUGUCAUGACUGUAAUAGCAAUGACUUACAAAACGUGCUAUAAAGUUGUUGGCUCAUGCUGGAGGAUACAUGGUUUGUGUCCCUCAUUUCAUCAAAAACUUUGUAUAAACUACCACUUGAUGUCAUUCUUUCAAAGACAUAACUUCAAAUUCAUAAUGGUUUACAAAAUUGAAUGUAAGAAAAUUCUCUUCUACUGUGGUUUUCUGAAUUAUAUUAAAAUAUAACUGUACAUGAUUAUUAUAUACAAAUAAAUUGUUAAGUGGAGCUAUUAUGCAUAUUGCCUCAUAGAAAAGCAUUAUUUGACGGUGUUUCAUUAAAUAAUUG